UGGUUCGUGUUUGAUUGGACAGCAGUGUGGUUGGUUUGAACUGUACGCUUGAAAGGAAGCGCCAGAAGUACAUAGUUUUCUUUGUGGUCGGCUCCUCUCUAUAUAAGCGCUGCAAAAGACAGCUAACGCAGCACCAUUCAUUGGGCAAACGAAAGGAGAUUGGUUCAGUAUGUCUGGUCGUGGGAAAGGAGGUAAGGGUCUCGGUAAGGGAGGCGCUAAGAGGCAUCGUAAGGUACUUCGGGACAACAUCCAGGGCAUCACCAAGCCUGCGAUCCGCCGUUUGGCUCGCCGCGGGGGUGUCAAGCGUAUUUCGGGCCUCAUCUACGAAGAGACUCGCGGCGUCUUGAAGGUCUUCCUGGAAAACGUCAUUCGCGAUGCGGUGACUUACACCGAGCACGCCAAGAGAAAGACUGUGACCGCCAUGGAUGUGGUGUAUGCUCUGAAGCGUCAGGGCCGUACUCUGUAUGGUUUUGGCUUUGCGCUGCGCGCCAGAGCAGGAGAGCUUCACUUGGCCUUCGCCUUGUGGCUCUCCGCCUUCUUGGGCAGCAGCACAGCCUGGAUGUUGGGCAGGACUCCGCCCUGGGCGAUGGUGACUUUGCCCAGCAGCUUGUUCAGCUCCUCGUCGUUGCGGAUGGCCAGCUGCAAGUGGCGGGGGAUGAUGCGCGUCUUCUUGUUGUCCCGCGCCGCGUUGCCGGCCAGCUCCAAGAUCUCGGCGCUCUUGAGUCUACCGCCACAGGGCUCUGCAGCGGGGAAGGAUGGGUGGGUGUUUGACUGGAUGGAUGACCACCAGAAGAACGACGGUUUCAGUCUAAUGCUGUGCACAACCCAGGCGGAAAUAGACUGGGAUGAUACCCACUGGCCCUUACGUGGAGCACCAUACGCCACAAACAAGGCCGUGGUGGAUCUGAAAGGCGCCAUGCAGAAAUUCUGGCAGAGAAAUUCUGGCAUUGAACACAAGCAGAAGUCAGUCUUCCCUGUGGUCGGAAUUAGUACUAUAAAUGAACUCUCUGUAGGCAGCUUUUUAAACGUUUGUAAUCGGAGUGGUGUGAGUACUUGCAUUAAGAUGUCUGGACGUGGGAAAGGAGGUAAGGGUCUGGGAAAGGGAGGCGCUAAGAGGCAUCGUAAGGUACUUCGGGACAACAUCCAGGGCAUCACCAAGCCUGCGAUCCGCCGUUUGGCUCGCCGCGGGGGUGUCAAGCGUAUUUCGGGCCUCAUCUACGAAGAGACUCGCGGCGUCUUGAAGGUCUUCCUGGAAAACGUCAUCCGCGAUGCGGUGACUUACACCGAGCACGCCAAGAGAAAGACUGUGACCGCCAUGGAUGUGGUGUAUGCUCUGAAGCGGCAGGGCCGUACUCUGUAUGGUUUUGGUGGCUAAUUCAUAACACAGCUGACCGUAAACUCCAAAGGCCCUUUUAAGGGCCACCCACCUAUUCAUAAAAAGAGCUAUUGCUGUUAACGUGUUA